AUUGUCGGUGAACCGUCGCGAGGUGUGGACGAAUGUGCGUUACGAGGACGAGUUAGGGAUUAAGAGCGUGUGCCUCGGCUGCCGCGAUCCGGUACGACGCGCACCCCAGGAGCGGAAACGGGGCACGACGCUCGUGUUUCCCCAACCGGUUCGGAAAUCUUCCGGCGAAGCGACGUAAAGUUUCGAGAGUGUCCCGUGUGUGCGCGCGACGCGCUCGCGCGGACAAUUUCACGCGGUAAGUGCGUGGACGCGUAGCGGACCGGAGCAGAGUUUCACGGACGAUUUCACAUAUUUUGUGCCUGCGUUCAAUUCGGUCGAGCGGCUGGUAUCCACAUCCUGAAAUGUGUAUUGCGGUCGUGCCAUUGACGAUCGAGAGUGACGCGAUAUUCCGCGCUCCGUGGCGUUGACGGAAACGAGCGCGCCCGCGGCGCGCUCGCGUCCACCGCGAUCGCGAUCGAAGGAUCGGCGGUGAAUAAGAAAGAGAAAAGAACGACCGAGGAAGAAUACAAAGGACACUUUCUCGUGACAGCCGUUAGUGUGUGCGCCGAAGAUUUUGGAGUUACGACUGGAUUUUGUGCUACGUUCAACGGCUCCCGAAAGCCAAAGUCUUUUUUUUUGUGAGAUCAUCAACGGAACCCCACUGGCAACAACGACCAUGACCGCGGACAGCCUGUUCGAGACUACCAGCAUCCCGGGGCACCUCGCUCCCACGCCCGAGAGACUGGGGAGACUUCUCUCGAAACAGACUCUCGAGGAGCUCUAUGAGGUCGAGGAACAGCCUUUCGCACGGGGUAAAUACGCGACGGUGAGGAGAUGCCGCGAGAGAUCCAGCGGCAGGCAGUGGGCCGCCAAGUUUCUGAGGAAGCGACGGCGGGCUCAGGAACUCAGAGCGGAAGCGCUUCACGAGGUCGCCGUGCUGGAUGCCGCGGCCCAUUGUUCUCGUCUCGUAUCCCUUCACCAGGUCUUCGAGACCAACACCGAGAUGGUGCUCGUCCUCGAGCUGGCUCCUGGCGGCGAGUUACAAAUGAUACUUGACCGGGACGAAGUUCCAGAGGAACGGCAGGUCGCCAGAUUGCUGAAGCAGAUUUUGGACGGGAUAGCCUUUCUGCAUUCCCUGAACGUCGCUCACCUCGACAUCAAGCCGCAGAAUUUGGUACUUACUGGAGAGUUUCCGGACUGCGACGUAAAGCUAUGUGACUUCGGCAUAUCGCGGUACAUCAGCCACGGGGCGGACAUACGAGAGAUCUUGGGCACGCCUGACUAUGUCGCCCCGGAGGUUCUGAAUUACGAGCCGAUCAGCCUGGCGACCGACAUGUGGUCCGUCGGCGUGCUGCUCUACGUGCUGCUAACGGGAUGCUCGCCGUUCGGCGGCGACACCAAGCAGGAGACGUUCUGCAACAUCAGUCGGUGCCGCCUGGACUUUCCGGAUGAUCUCUUCGAGGACGUUUCCGAGGAGGCGCGCGAUCUCAUGCGCAAACUCAUGGUUAAGGAUCCGAAUGAACGCCUGACGGUGACCGAAUGCCUCCAGCAUCCCUGGCUCAACAUGUUCGAGCAGCCGUUGGCGCCCUUGACAACGUGUCCCUCGUCGGAUGACAGCCCCGCUGCUGACCUCGAUUCCUCAACGACGCCCUCGCAAGACGACAGCGUCUCGUCGAAACUGCCAAUCACCAAUCAAAGUCAGGUCUCGUCCACACCGAAGAACGACGACGAGAAGCAACAACGACUGUCCACGACCGCUCUAUGGGAACAGAGGCAUCAUCAUCGCGCGGCCAGGGUGUGGCCGCGCGAGUGCAGCGGCGUCGUCAGUAAGGCGCUCAGCCGCUUCACGUCGGAGACCACGUCCGGCGCGAAGAUCGCAAAGAUCCCAGCGACGACGCCACCGUCGUCGGCGAUAGCAACGACGUUGCGCAGCGGCGUCAGCAUCGGUGGCUGCAACAAGACCGGCCUCGAGGCGCUUCGCGAGCGGGGCGGUAAUCUGGUGGUCAUCAGGGAACCGGUGCGCGCCGGAAGGUACACCAGAUACAGCGAGGUACAAUGUGAGUCGGUGCAGGCGCGAAUUCGGCGAUUGGUGCAUGAAACCUCGUAAGACCAUGCCGUCCAGCUGUGUGCCGGGUGCGGCAGGUGUCGGCAGGUGAAUUGUAUUUCGCGCGUAGGUGGAUGGGCAUCUCCGACGGUCUCCUCGAGAAGCUGCCGAGAGAGAUCGGGAUUUCGAGGCGAUUGUACAUAUCGCGUAAAUAUCACGUGUACAGUGACGCGGAAGAGUAGGAGGGAGGUUUUUUGAGCAACGAGGUGUGCCCGAGCAUCGUGCGAACGAAGAACAGAGUGGGACGAGACGGGCGAAGUUCCUCGAGGUUUGCGAAGGCUGUGACGACAGAAAGGGUUUUCUCGUGUUUUUUAGAAAGGUGCAGGAUCGCGCGUAUAUUUUUCUAUAGGAUUAUGAGCUUUGUGAAAAAUAUAUAUUCGGAAUCUCAUCUCUUUCCCCGCUUGUUACGGUAAAGCCGAAUGCGAUACCACUGCCAUGCGACAGUUGUACGUAAAAAAAAAUGGAAAUUCCUUAUGAAUUUGUUUUUCGCGAAGCGCAUAACGUUGUGGAUAGCCUUAACGAAACGUGAAAUGAUAACAUGGGGAACAUACGGCGCGCCUUUGCUUUACCUCUCUGCUGAAACUCGGUGAUGUUUGACUUACGGUAAAAGUAAAGGCGUUAACUCGAUCAGAAAAUUUUACGAAGCGGCAUCCUGUAACUCGAUCGCGAUAUAUGUAAUAUUAAGCAAUAUAUUUCGUAGCCAGAAACAAAAAGCAUGUACCAAGCCUGAUCUCCAGAAUCCUCGAACAGCCUCUCGAAGCCCCUGUCCCGACCUUCGCCGGACAUCUCGGGAACCCGAGACCGAUUGUAAAGAGCGUGUGCACGGCUACGCGAAUCGUGCAACGUAGCCGCGUGCGAAGCGUGUCCGCGCGCGGAGUUCUGUGUGUACAAACGCCUCUCUACAUACGCGUGCCUUCGCGAAGGUGCCGACGAGAGAUCGUAGCUUGUAUCAUAUCAAAGCGAACAAACGGCUGUUGUAAAUACGGAUGAGAGCACGUGAAUGCGUAUGCGGAUGGGUGCGUAUGUGCGCGCGCGCGCGCGCGCGCGCGCGCGUGUGUGUGUGUUGUCUGUCUGUGUGUAGAUUCGCAUUGAUUCUUUGCGGAAGCGAGCUUCAAAGAGGAUGGUCUUGAUGUACAUAAUCAGAGAAGGUACGAGCGACAAAACGAGUCGCGGGUGUGCACGGCUUACGAGAAGAUGCUUACGGUUGCGACGCCGAUCACGGGGUGGUGGUUUCGCGCCGGGGGUGGCGAUGGCGAAGAUCCGGGGAAAGGUCACGCGGGAUCGCCGUGACAUUCGACGCUGAAUUACAUCCGUCAGAAAUGCACACACGGGGGAUGUACGCGGAAUUGUCGAUUGACAGACUCUUCGACAGUCCCGACGGAUUUUGCCGUCACUGCCUGACGAGGCGUAAA